CCCAAAAUCAAUUUUUCUUCUUUUUUUUUUCAAAAUUUAAUUCAUUUCUGGCAAAAAGAAAAUAAUGGAAGGAGAAGAAACUCAUCGAUCAUCGGAGCCGUUACCUUUACUAUCCGCCGAUUCCGAUGAAGGAAUCAGCGCUGCGAUUGAGGCGGAGCUAGCAGAGUUAGCUGCCGGAGACUCAAGCGGCGGCGGAGGAAUUAAGAGCAAAGUGAAGGGACCUUGGUCUACGGAGGAAGACGCCGUGCUCACGAAGCUUGUGAGCAAGUUAGGUCCAAGGAAUUGGAGUUUGAUCGCUCGUGGAAUCCCUGGCCGCUCUGGAAAAUCUUGUCGAUUGCGUUGGUGUAAUCAGCUUGACCCUUGUCUCAAACGAAAACCUUUCUCUGAUGAGGAAGAUCGUAUGAUAAUAUCUGCACACGCCAUUCACGGAAACAAAUGGGCCGUGAUUGCGAAAAUGUUGCCCGGAAGAACAGAUAACGCGAUCAAGAACCAUUGGAACUCGACGCUUAGACGCAAAUACGCAGAUCUAUGGAAGAAUAGUCAGUGGAUGGCCAACCAAGUUACUACUGCUUACGUCAAGAACGAGAACGUCGAGGGAAUAUCAAAUCCAUCCUUCAAACAACAAUCGCCUCAAGGAGAUACCAUCUCACCACCAGAGCCUCCACAGGCUAAUGAUGUUACAAUGGAUGAUGCAGCUAAUGAUGUUACGAUGGAUGAUGCAGCCAAUGAACCUCAAGAAAAAGCUCCAACAGAGAGUAACGCUCCGAUAGAAAGUAACGUGUCUCGCCCAGUGGCUCGUGUUGGAGCGUUCAGUGUGUAUAACCCUACCAGCCAGAGAAAUGGAUACAGGGAUCACAAUGUAGUUCCAUGUGAGGGACCAUUGAUUCAAGCGGCUAAACCUGAUUCAUUGGCUGGUAGAUUUCUACAAUCUCUUUGCGAUGAACCUCACAUCCCUUCGAAAUGUGGUCAUGGUUGCUCUACUUAUCCAGCUGGAACCAAGUUUUCCCCUAACUCGGUUUUGGGACCGGAGUUUGUGGAUUACGAAGAGCCUCGUGCGGUUUUCAACCAAGAACUGAUAUCUAUAGCAACCGAUUUGAACAACAUUGCGUGGAUAAAGAGUGGCCUUGACAACACCAUUGUCAGAGAAGCAGAACAGAGUUUGAAGAUGGAUAAUUUCAACAGUUUCGAUGAUCCUCGAAUCAAGUUUACUGGAAUGAUGCCUAGACAGGAGUUCUUCUGUGCAAGAAGCUGAAAAACUCUCAGAAGAAGGGCUUUAGAUUCAUCUUCCCCUUUUUGAUUCUUUGCGCUUUGACGCACAUAGAUGAUGAUGUUCAUGUCGACAAGUACCAGACUUGUCGAGGGUUUUUUUCUGACAUUUGAUUCGGAUUUGAUGGAAGAAAGAUUAAAACAGAGUCUGUAAUGAUCAUUUUCAACAUUUUGAUCA